GCCGCGGAGGCUUCUCGGAGGACUCAGCGCGGUAGGUCCCGACGGCUAAACGAUUAGGGGCCGGCAGCUACUUUCGACUCGGGCUGUUGAGAAAAGGUCGCGAUGGGUUGGGUUUCUCUCCUGCAACCCUCCAGACCACUUGAGUGAGUCGUAGCAGGAGGCCGUGUCCGGCGGGGCUCUGAAGCUGAUUGCGCGCAGGUUUGAUCGAUUUCAUACACCCCGCCUGACCUCGGGCUGGAGUCGGUGGUGUCUGGAGGGUUGGUCUGUUGCCCAGACUGACCUGUGUGAUCUCUGCACAGUCUCCUGCCACCUUCUGUUCUUUCAUUGGGAUGGAAAUAAGACCGCCCGGCCUACCCGCUACCUUGGUUUUGGAGGAGCCACUGGAAGAAUUGUUUUGGAAGUGCUUGCUCUAGCGUGCAUUGUUAUUAAACGUAUUUGCAUAAUGUAGAGUUCUUUGAUAUUUAGGUAAACUUCAGUGAAAUGACUCUUCAGGAAUUGGUGCACCAGGCUGCCUCCAUUUACUCUAAUAGAACGGCUGUAUGUUUUGACAACUGUAACAACCAGGCUCCAGUUUACUACACCUACAAGACUGUGGUGAAUAUAGCUUCAGAAUUAUCAGAUUUUCUACUAUUACACUGUGAUUUUCAAGGAAUUCGGGAAAUUGGUCUCUACUGCCAUCCUGGAAUAAACUUACCCUCUUGGAUUUUAGGAAUCCUCCAAGUCCCUGCUGCUUAUGCUCCUAUUGAUCCAGAUUCACCACCAGCAUUAUCAACUCAUUUUAUGAAAAAAUGUAACUUAGAGUAUAUCCUUGUUGAAAAACAGCAAAUUCAUAAAUUCAAAUCUUCCUAUGGAACAUUACUGAUAUGUGAUAUGUUUACAGUGGAACAUAAUGAUCUAGUACUCUUCAGACUUAACUGGAGAAAUGAUGAGGUGAGCUUGAUGUUAACUGACAGAAAAGAAAAAUAUGAAAAAGAAAAAAUAGCAACCAGCACAAGUUCUGAAAAGAGCAAUGAAGAAAAGUCAGAAGAACACCUAGAUGUGAGGCAAAAGAAUUGCUUGGCUUAUGUUCUGCAUACAUCAGGCACCACGGGGGUACCUAAGAUUGUCAGAGUCCCUCAUGCAUGUAUAGUGCCAAACAUCCAGCAUUUUCGGGAACUUUUUGAGAUCACUCAAGAAGAUAUUUUGUUUCUGGCAUCACCUCUGACCUUUGAUCCUUCUGUUGUGGAAAUGUUUGUUGCUCUAUCAAGUGGUGCCUCUUUACUUAUUGUACCAACUUCUGUCAAAGUGCUCCCAUCAAAAUUAGCUGCUGUUCUCUUUUCCCAUCACCAAGUGACUAUUUUGCAGGCAACACCUACGUUGCUUAGAAGAUUUGGAGCUCAGCUUAUAAAGUCUACUGUUUUAUCAACCAAUACUUCUCUUCGAGUAUUAGCCCUUGGUGGUGAAGCAUUUCCAUCAUUGACUGUUCUCAAAAGCUGGAGAGGAGAAGACAAUAAAACUCAAAUAUUUAAUGUUUAUGGUAUCACAGAAGUAUCAAGUUGGGCAACUUUUUAUAGGAUUCCAGAGAAGAUUCUUAACUCUUCUUUGAAAUGUGAAAUGCCUGUACAACUGGGAUUUCCACUGCUUGGAACAUUAGUUGAAGUCAGAGAUACUAAUGGUUUCACAAUUCAAGAAGGCAAUGGCCAAGUAUAUUUAGGUGGCAAAAACAGAGUAUGUUUUCUUGAUGAUGAAAUGACAGUACCACUUGGCACAAUGCGAGCCACAGGAGACUUUGUGACAGUGAAAGAUGGAAAGAUGUUUUUCUUGGGACGAAAGGACAGUCAGAUCAAACGCCAUGGCAAACGUCUUAGCCUUGAACUUGUACAACAGGCUGCUGAAGGACUUCAGCAAGUGGAGUCUUGUGCGCUUAUAUGGUAUAAUCAGGAAAAAUUAGUUCUGUUUAUGGUGUCCAGAAAUGAUUUAGUAAAGGAUUACAUCUUUAAAGAACUACAGGAGCGUCUUCCAAGUCAUGCAAUCCCAGAUGAGCUUGUGUUGAUUGAGUCUCUUCCAUUUACAUCUCAUGGCAAAGUUGAUGUUUCUGAGUUAAACAAGAUUUAUUUAAACUCCAUAAAGUUGAAGUCUGAGAGAAAGCUCAAUGGAAAAGAUGAACUAUGGGAAAAAUUACAACAUUUGUGGAAGUCUAUUCUGAAUCUCUCAGAAGAUCAUUUGAAGUUUCCUGAUGAGUCUUUCUUCUUAAAAAGUGGUGGAGAUUCUUUGAAGUCCGUACGGCUCCUUAAUGAGAUUGAAGAACUUGUUGGCACAUCAGUACCUGGGCUUCUGGAAAUUAUUCUUAGCAGUUCCAUUUUAGAAAUUUAUAAUCACAUUGUUCAAACAGUGUUUCCAGAUAAAGACCUGAUAGUUAGCAAAAAUUAUGCUAUUAAAAGAAAAUUCUGUGACAUCAAUCAAGAGGAAACCAGUAGAAAAUCUUCACAUCAGAAAUCAGUUAUGCCUUUAAAUUGUGAUAAGAUAAAUGCUUUUUGUUCAGUAAAUAGAGGGAGUCAGAUACUAUCCCUGAAUACUACUAGCUUUUUAGAACAUUGCCCUUCAGCCUAUUCUGAUGUAAUUUUACAGACUAACAUUCAAAAUGUGAAAAGUUUAAAAUCUUCAGCUCUUUUUGGGAAGACAAAGGACCCAUCCUGUGUUGCAGAAAUUUCUGAAAAGGGAAUACCUGUGAAAGGAAAUGAGAAAAUGGAGUUACGUGUGAGGUGGAUGUCCAACACAGGCAAAUGUGUAGAUGCUUCACCUCUGAUUAUAAUACCAGCUGCUGCUAAGUCAUCUGCAACUGUGUACAUUGGCUCCCAUUCUCAUCGAAUGACGGCAGUCGACCUUUACUCUGGGACGGUGAAAUGGGAACAGAUUUUGGGAGAUCGAAUUGAAUCCUCAGCAUGUGUAUCUAAGUGUGGAAAUUUUAUCAUAGUGGGCUGUUAUAAUGGGCUAGUUUAUGUUCUGAAAAGUAAUAGUGGAGAAAUAUAUUGGAUGUUUACUACUGAGAAUGCUGUCAAAAGCUCAGCAACCAUGGAUCCAACCACUGGACUCCUGUAUGUCGGUUCUCAUGACCAGCAUGCAUAUGCUCUGGAUAUUUAUGAAAAGAAGUGUGUUUGGAAGUUAAAAUGUGAAGGAACUAUAUUUUCUUCUCCUUGUUUGAGCCUGAAUCCUCAUCAUUUGUAUUUUGCUACUCUAGGAGGACUUUUACUGGCUGUAAAUCCUGCCACUGGGAAUAGAAUUUGGAAACAUUGCUGUGGAAAACCACUCUUCUCUUCUCCACGGUGUUGCCUGGAAUAUAUUUGCAUUGGCUGUGUAGAUGGAAAUUUACUCUGCUUUACUCACUUUGGAGAACAGGUUUGGCAGUUCUCUACCAGUGAACCAAUCUUUUCAUCUCCAUGUAUCUCAGCAUCAGAGCAAGAAAUAUUUUUUGGUUCCCAUGACUGCUUUAUAUACUGUUGUAGUAUGAAAGGUGACCUCCAAUGGAAAUUUGAAACAACUUCAAGGGUGUAUGCAACGCCAUUUGCUUUCCGUAACCACAGUUCUAGCAACGAAAUGUUGCUGGCAGCAGCAUCUACUGACGGAAAACUAUGGAUCCUGGAAUCUAAGCGUGGACAAUUGAAAAGUGUACAUGAACUUCCGGGAGAAGUCUUUUCUUCUCCUGUGGUCUGGGAAUCAAUGCUUAUUAUUGGAUGUAGAAAUAAUUAUAUCUACUGUCUGGAUUUAUUGAGCAGCAAUGAAAAAUAAUCAAAUGUAGUCCUUAAUUCCUGUGACACUUGAAAAUACUUUACCAGUAUAAAACAUUUUUACAUUAAAGAUUCUAUUUUGCUUAA